AGAGACUAGUAGACCUAUAGGCUCGGUAGUAGAUAACUGUAAAGGGUUUUCUGUUGUUUUGUCUCUCUUUUUUUUUUUUUUCUGCUUAGCAUCACAAACCCCUCCUCUCGUUUGGGUAAUUGAAAGCAUUUGUGAGUCUGUGGAUUGAAGUCCAAAAAGCCUGAUACUUUUCCUUGUUUCUGGCAGCCCUCAAGCAUAUGACCUAAGUUGGGUCAAUUGAAUAUCUUUGCCCUCGCUGUGAACUAGGAGUAGUGUUACAAGGAAGGAAGAAGAGUUCAGAGUUAGUCCCAGUGGCCUUCCGUUGCCCCAUUGGUCAGAGUCCCAGUGCCCAGCAGCAGCGGUCCACUAACCAGACUGUUUCUUUCGCCGUGGAUACAGCUAUAUGCUUCUCUAGGUUGCCAAGCUAUCUAGUAACCACCCAGGGAAUUGUUUUUCUACCUAAAGACACCACAGACAGUUUCAGUUUUUGCCUCACUGAUAGGAUCACUAUUUAGAGUUGUGGGAAAACUUAUUAGCCUAAGGUUGCUGCAAGGCCAGUUUAUGCGCUCCGCAGUUUCCUAAGAAAUGAUUAAGAGCCACCAGGACUAAGCUCCAGGAGGGAAGAGUCAGCUGGCUUGGCUACUGUGGUGUACCCUGCUCCUAGCCCAGGCCCCCAGCACAUGCAUUUAGUAAAUUUUUAUUUCAUUUUGACCUGAAUGAAUAAAAUAAUAGUACUCAACUUUAGGCCUCCUCAACAUCUAUUUAAAUUUUUGGGUCCUGUCUGCUUUUAGCAUAGGAGGGAACAGAACUCAAAAGACGAUGACACUAAGGUGUUAAAUUCAGGUAAACAGGAGGCUGUUUUUCCAGUGGCAGAAAUGAGGAAGUGGAGGGGCGGGAAAGAGCUAGGUUUCAAUGGUGAUGAACUGAACCUGUUAAAUGCUGUGUCUUUUGCGUUUCAUAACUGGGUUAAACCGGUUGUGUCACUCCUUAGACAGCUCUGUACUUGUUUGAACAGUACAACAGUCCCUCCUACUGAACUUUGAUCUAGCAGAAACAACUGUUACCUAACAACUUCAGACCAUCACCGGAACACCUGUAUGAAGAAUGUUCUUCAGUUUAACUAGCUUUGCGUACGUGAUUUCUUUUAAACUUUUAAAAUGAUUAGAAAACUUUUUAUUGCCCUUCUUUUGUCAUCUGUGACUCUUGGAGAAGCCAGGAAAUCCUUUCUCAGUUUCCUGAACAUGGAAAAGACUGAAGUUCUGUUUUUCACAAAGACGGAAGAAGCUGUCGUUGUGAGGUCAACUUACAGAGAUAAACAGCCCAACUCCAGCUACCUCCUUGUGCAACUGGGAGACGAUAGAAUACUCCAGGUGGCGAAUGUGACCAAGACCUUAUCGGACGUGACCAACUUUACCAUAAACCUGGUGAUGGGUGGAGACGGAGAGACGAAUCUGACCGUUCAGCUGUGGGAUUCGGAAGGUAGGGGCCAAAGGCUCAUUGAAGAGAUCAAGAAUGUCCGAGUUAGCGUGCUCAGACAGAGACAUGACAGUCCUUCCCAGGCACCAGACCUCCUCAACAGAAACAUCCUAAUGCUGUUUCUGCCAAUGAUACUGUUAAAUAAAUGUGCGUUUGGGUGCAAGAUUGAGUUCCAGGUGUUUGAAACAGUGUGGAAGAGACCUUUGCCGGUAGUUCUUGGGGUGGUCAUACAGUUUUUUCUUAUGCCAUUUUGCGGAUUCCUUCUGACACAGAUUUUGGCCUUGCCUGAGGCCCAGGCGUUUGGGUUUAUAGUCACCUGCACAUGCCCAGGUGGGGGUGGGGGCUACCUCUUUGCCCUGCUUCUAGAAGGAGAUGUCACUUUGGCCAUUCUGAUGACCUGUACGUCAACAUUUCUGGCCCUGGUCACUAUGCCUACCAAUUCAUACAUAUACAGUAGAAUCUUAGGGUUAUCGGGCACACUGCAUAUCCCUAUUUCUAAAAUUAUGUCAACCCUCCUUUUCAUCCUCACACCCAUGUCAGUGGGAAUAGCCAUCAAGCGUAGACUGCCUGACAAAGCAAAGUUCUUGGAGAGGAUCAUUAGGCCUCUGAGUUUUAUUUUAAUGUGUAUAGGGAUUUGUUUGACUUUCAGCAUGGGAUUGGUGUUUCUGAAAGCAAUGAACCUGGGCGUGCUUCUGUUGGGUGUCUCAGUUCCUGCUUUGGGUUUGUCGUUCGGGUACUUUUUUGCUAAAGUUUCUAUGCUCCCUCUUCCUGUUUGUAAAACUGUUGCUAUUGAAGGUGGGGUGCUGAAUAGUUUCUUAGCCCUUGCCAUUAUUCAGCUUUCCUUUUCACAGUCUGAUGCAGACUUGGCGUCUGUGGCUCCGUUUACAGUGGCCAUGUGUUCUGCAUGUGAAAUGUUACUGAUCCUUCUGUUCUACAAGGCUAAGAAAAGGUGUGUCCUUAACACAGAAGAAAAAAGAAUGAAAAAUCCCCCCGUCUAACGGUUAAAGCUUUCCUGAAUUUUCCUACUCUGAAUUAGUUACUGUGGGAGAUGCAAAGAAUAUCUGAGAUGAUUCCUGCUCUCAACUCACUUAUGAUCUGAUUGGAAACAUGACAUUAGGGGAGAAAGACAGUCAUAUGUGCCUAACACCCAGUGGACAGUCCAGACUGUUAAAUGUGCAGGAAUUCAGAAGGAGACUACUAUAGCAUUGGAAUGGAAUAUAAUACCUUAUUAUGAUAUAUCCCAAGUAUUUACAGGAGGGCUGCCCUUCCACAAUAGGCAUUUGGUAAUCACUCACACAGCGAACGGACAUGUCAAUUCCUAUUCGAAAUCAGUCCAUCUUCAGUGCAGCAUCUCUGGUCUCCUCGGUGUCCCUCGCAUCGUCUCCACCUGAGACGCCGCCAUUUGCCCUGGGGCACGGGGUCCUCUCUCCCCACUCUUCUCCCUUCUUCCCUCCUCUUUCCCUCGUUACAGUAGAGCUGUUUCCUACAGACCGUCCCCUGUAAUGCCUCUCUGUCGGCCUCCUCUCCAUUCUCAGACCCGCUUUUGUGCUGCCCCCUAGGCCUUUCUUCCCCAGCUUCCGGCCUCUGUCUGCUCUGCCCCCUAGGCCUUUCUUCCCCAGCUUCCGGCCUCUGUCUGCUCUCCAGUACACUGGCAGAUAAAUGUCCCUAAACUUAGCUUUGGUCAUGUGCUUUCGCUGCUGCAAAGCCUUGCCGCCUCUUGAAUACAGUCUGUUCCUAGUGAGGCAUUUCCUACUCUCUGCUGACUUUCGCUUUCCGGUUUUAUCUCCUCUCCCACUUUUUACAUGCAGGCUUUGUUCCAAUCAGCAGAUAACUGGGUCACUCAUGACUGUGCUUUUGUUCACAUUGUCCCUGCAACCUGAGGGGCCCACAUCAUCUCCGUCUAAACGCGGACCACUGUCACAGACCUGGCUGAAACACAAGCUUUGACUAAUCCCUAUUAGCUACUGGGAAUUGAAAUUUCCUCUAAAUUCUCAUCACAGUUUUCUACAUCCAUAGUAUUUAGCCAGCCUGGCUUGUGUUACAGUUCUUUGUGUUGCUAUUGUAUCCUCCCUAUUUUGCUAUAAGUCUUUGAACAUGUGUUUUAUAAACAUAACAUGUAAACAAUGCAAUAUGAUAAGUUUAUAUAAUAGCAUAAAUAGUAUAAUAUAAACAGUAGAAUAUGAUAAUGCAAAUAAUAUUUAUUUUGAUACUUUACAUAAUGUCUAGCACAUUUCCUAUGUGCUGAUUCAAAUAAAGUGUUGAAGCACAAACUAGGGCCCAAAUGAAUAGUAUGCUUGUUUUUAUACUAACAUUGAGUUUUUAAAGGCAGGUUUUAGUAUCUAGUUUCAGUUUUCACUUUACUCCAAAGAGAGUGUGGGCAUCAAGAAAGAGAAAUCACUCUAAAUAAACCUGCUUCCCACAUUUCACAAGAGUGCAGUUGUAGGCAAAUUACUUAAUCACUCUGUAGUACCAUUUGCUCAUCUAAAAAAUGGAAAUGAUAGUGUCAACGCCAUCAAAUCGUCAUAGGAGUUAACUGAGAUCUUAUGGACAGUGUACUUAGAACAGGGUACAUGCUCCUCAAGUGUUAGCUGCUGUAAUUCUUUUACCACACUUCAAACUUUUGACCCUAGUGUACCUACUGUUGUUUUGAAAUACCAAUCUGAUAACUUUGGUGUGGAGGCUAAAAUUUUGAACAUUUUCCUAUCAGUGUGAUUCCCCAUCUUACUUACAGUAUUAGGGAACUUUUGUUCAGUUUGCGAACUGACAACUGUAGUUCUUUUUUUCUUAUUUCACCAAAUCCAGUAUUUGAAUACCAAGAUUUAUGAAAGCCCUGGUUUGGCAUGGUUGGUGGAUGGUUAUUAUUCAUUUUAUAAAAUGAUAAUUGCCUACAUGAAACACUUUACUAUUGACUCCAUUAAAACAGAAAUCUCCACUUAGGGCCUUAUAUUAUAAUUAAGCUUGCAUACAUUUGACUUUUACAUAUUUUCAUGAACAUAUUUUACUGAUUGGGAGAUAAGAAAUUGCCUUUCUAGUUGUACUUUAUCCUUAACUUUGUGGCUUCAAAUAAGACAUUUCUCUGCAGUUCAGUUUUCAAAUUUGUAAAAGGAAGAGAUUCAGUUGAAGUUUAAGAUAUUGCUCAAUUCCUACGCCUGUAAUUCUGGCAUGAAACUCUGGGUCAUUAACACCAUAGAUGGUGAUGGAUUCAGGUUGACAAUAAUAACCACCCACAGCAGCUGCUUUCUACUGGAGGCAAAAACCAAAAUAGUUUCCUGAAGGCAGAGACCACAUAUUAUUUAUUCUUUGAAUUCCUUGUAGUUUUUAACCAAUGCCUUUAAUCAUGUUGGUGCUCAGAAAACACUGAGUUAAUUAAUCAUUAAUGUCUGUAAAGAAGUGAAAUGAAGUUGCUCAGUCGUGUCCGACUCUUUGCAGCCCCAUGGACUGUAGCCUACCAGGCUUCUCUGUCCAUGGCAUUUUUCAGGCAAGAGUACUGGAGUGGGUUGCCAUAUACUCAGGGGCCAGGUUAUGCCUGGGUCUUCAUUUCCAGCUCUAUCACCAGCUGGGUGACAUUGGUCAAGCUGCUUAAUCUCUCUGUGCCUAAAUUGAUGUGGAAAGUGGGGAUAAUGAUAAUACAUACCUGAUGGUAUUUUCGUGAGAAGUAAAUUAGUUAACAUUAGUAAGAUCCUCAGAAUAAUGCCUAACACACAGUAAACUCUAAUUAUUAUGGUUACUCUAUGCAUGUUUGAUCUUGCACCUAAAAGCAGACAAAUGUGUAUGAAUGGAACUUGAAAUGUAUUUCAUUUAUCUUACAGAUGUAUCAGGGAAAGACCGAUAUUUUACAUGAGAAAGUUUGUCUAAUUUAGACGGGGAUGAAGUUAUUCAAGCUACUUAUUUGUUCUUUAAGAAUGAGAGACAUAAAGCAGGCUACCUAAUUGCUUGAGUUCAGACCAACAACUUGUCCAGCAAUAAUCAGUAUCAAAGCUGCAGAGAACAAAGAGCUUUAUUUGAGGUUUUAAGAACUGCAGUUCAAGAGACACAGAUUUUGGUAAACCCAAAAGAGUGUCUAUCUUAGGGGAGAAGAAGAGUCAGGAGCUUAUACAGGUGAAAGUUACAAGGAUGUUCACGAAUUUUGACUAACCUUGAUUCAAGAAAGGAAAUAAUUGUCCUUAAGGGACAGGCUGUCGUGAGUCAUUUUAGGUUAAGGGCUCAGUAAUAUCUUGAGUUUCUGGAACACUGGGUAGAUGUUCUGGGUGCAUGUGUUAAGAUAUUAAGGUGUAUUUGGGCUGAGACAUAAAUCACACUUCCUCAAUGGCAUCCUGACUAUGAGCUCCAUCUUGAUUUUCCUUUCACAUGUUUCUUUUCACAUUGGUUAGACAAAAGAUCCAGGGGUAAAGGGAUGUCAUGUUUAAAAAAAAGUUCCAUUCCAAUCUUUAAUAGAGAUGAUUCUAUGAUAUAUAUAUAUAUAUAUUUUUUUUUUUUUUGCUACUAAAAAUUGUCGGCAAUUUCAGCCUAUGUUAUGUCAAAACAUGAAACCUUGUUAGGUAUCCUGAAGAUUCCACUCAUGAAGACCCCCAUUUUGUGUGUAUAAAUUCUUAUCAUUUUUAAUCAACGUCCACUAACAAUUAUUAAGAAAAUCUUGGUAUGUAGAAUCAGAUUCUGUGUGUGUGUGUGUGAGAGAGAGAGAGAGAGAAAGACAGAGAGAAAGGAGAUUCCAUUUAAAAGAAAUCCACUCCAGAGACUAAACAGAGUUAGCAAGAUACCCAGGACUGCCAGGGGAGGAAUCACGUUGAAGGUCACUCUUUAUUACACAAAUACAAUGCAGCUGGAUGGCCAUCACUCAGGCAGGUGACUACCGAGCACUCUGCUUGACAAAGGAAAUCCUUCCCAGCACCUCUCCAUGAACACUCAGGUCUCAGGAGGUGUUAGCGGCGCUGGAUCUCACCUCCCCUCCAGGUUCUCAUGGAUGGAAGUCAGCUAGUAGGAAAAGGUAUCAACAGCCCCUAAGAGGGAUCUCCUUAUUAGGGAAACCUGGAAUGGUGAUCUGGACAUCAUGCCAGGGAGCAGAUUCUGUCCUGAGGCAGCGGAAGCUGAACCCUCUAUAACCCCCAAGCACUCUGGCACAGUACACAGUCGAGGGUUGGGAACAAAGCCUGCAGGCGCGACUGUAACUUUAAAAAUUACCCCUUUGGGAAGCCAAGGGCAACGCACCAGGCACCAGGUCUCCGCAGCCAUAUGAACCGCUCAGCACUGGACAAAAGCCUUGUGGAUAGUGGGGAACCAGUGUGCAACACCGCCAAAAACAGGUCUGAGCACUAGACCUCUCUGAGCACUAGAGGACUCUUCAUUUCACUUUCGGUCAGGCAUCUGAAAGCAGAACAGCUUCCUUGGACUGAGAAAUUUCCAAGUUACUUCAGGACAGUGGUAAACUAGCAGCUGAGGCCACUAGAAAAAGGCUGUACUUUCCACUCAUUUGAGGUAGAGAGCUUGAAAUAGUUUUUAAUUUCAAGGAGUGAAAUAGUCCAUCCAUCUUAUUUCACUUCCAGUACUCUGAUUUUAGCAGCUUUGCCAAAGCAAUGGGACCAUGUUUAUUUAAAUGAGGUUUAAAGAGGACUCAUGACAUUUCUGCAAAUGCCUGGAAAUUUUUAUUUGGUUAAAACCGAACACUUGUCAUCACGUAGUUGGCAAGAUUAUUAUUUUAAGAUAACUGACGAUGAACCAAAAAUCUAAUUUCUGAAGUGUUUUUUUUUCAUCAAUAAAACAAAAGCAACUUUUAUUAGACAAAUCAAGGUCGUCAAAUCAGAUACAGCAUCAUUCUUUCAAAGGAGACAACGUUCUGGCUCUUUGUGAGGUUUGAGAAUUGAUCCUACGCUUCAUGUCAUUCACCUUUGAGAAUUCUCAUUUGCAAUACAUUGGUGACAAUAUCCCAUCUUCUGCUGAAGCUAAGAGAAGAAAUCACUGCAAAUACAAAAAGCCAAAUAACCUGCUUCCUUGAUCCUGUUGUGACAGCUUAUAUCUGUGCUAUUUGUGUUAUAAUGCUAAGACUGUAUGAUCCCAGGUGUGUUAUUUCAAGAAGAGGAAACAUUUUAAGGACUGUAGACUAGUCCUUGCACCUUGUGCGAUGCAACCUCGUCAUGCCAACACUCCACAUUCCCUGAGUGUGGACUUUGGAGUCAGUGCUUUCUACGCUUUGCUCUUGCUGUGGGACUUGAGGAUAAAUAAACUCCCUAAGCCUCAGUUUCCUCCUCCGUAUGAUGCAGCUGAUUAUAUCUUCUCAUGGAACUGUCGAGAUAUUCAAGUAAA